AUCAAAUAGUGCUGGUGUGUCAGCGUUGAUCUGCGGGCUUGUGUUGUGCGUGUGUGCGUUUUAUGGACAAGAUGGACGAAGAAUUAAAAUGCCCAGUGUGCGGCUCUUUAUUUAAGGAUCCCAUCAUUCUUCCUUGCUCUCACAAUGUGUGCUUGGCUUGCGCCCGAAAUAUUAUUGUACAGACCCCUGAAGGCGAGACGCCUCCGCAUAGCCGUGCCUCGGGGAACUCGGAUUACGAUUAUCUGGAUAUGGACAAAAUGAGCAUGUACAGUGAAACGGACAGCGGCUAUGGAUCAUACACGCCGUGCCUGAAAUCUCCAAACGGGGUGAGGGUAUUCCCCCCGGCAAUGGUACACCGUCACUGCUCCAUCACCUGUCCCCUUUGUCAUCGCAGCGUCUCCCUAGACGAGCGUGGGCUGAGGGGCUUCCCACGUAACCGACUGCUUGAGGCGAUCGUCUCACGAUAUCAGCAGAGUCGUGCAGCGGCCGUGAAAUGCCAGUUGUGUGACCGCAACCCCGUGGAAGCAACAGUAAUGUGCGAACAGUGCGACGUGUUCUACUGUACGCCCUGUCAGCAGCGGUGCCACCCUUCUCGUGGACCGCUGGCCAAGCAUCGAUUAGUGCCGCCAACGCAAGUGGCUGUAGCUGGACAGCAGCAGCCGGCUGCGACCCCUCGGAAACAGGCAACAUGUCCAGACCACGACGUGGAGAACUACAGCAUGUACUGCCUCAGCUGCAAGAUCCCGGUGUGUUACCAGUGUCUGGAGGAAGGAAAGCAUGGGAAACACGACGUCAAACCUCUGGGUGCCAUGUGGAAACAGCACAAGUGUCAGCUUUCCCAAGCUUUGAACGGAGUGUCGGACAAAGCCAAGGAUGCCAAGGAAUUCCUGGUUCAGCUGAAGAACAUGCUGCAGCAGAUACAGGAGAACGGUGUGGAGUUCGAGGCUUGUCUGGUGGCCCAGUGUGACGCACUCAUCGACGCUCUCACCCGACAGAAAGCCAAGCUCCUCACCAAGGUCACCAAGGAGCGUGAAUAUAAGCUCAAGGUUGUGCGCGAUCAGAUCACUCACUGCACCAUGAAGCUUCGCCAGACCACAGGAAUGAUGGAGUACUGUCUGGAGGUGAUCAAAGAGAACGACCCCAGCGGCUUCCUGCAGAUUUCGGACGCCCUGAUCAAGCGGGUGCAGUCAUCUCAGGAUCAGUGGGUGAAGGGAGCUCUGGAAGCCAAAGUGGGGCCCGAAUUCGACCUGACACUGAACACUGAUCCUCUGCUGCAGAGUAUCCAGCAGCUCGACUUCAUCCAGGCCAAAGCUGAGGCCCCCGCGGUGCCGUCCGCCCCGCUGCUGCAGCUGGAGAAAUGCUGCACUCGGAACAACAGCGCCACCCUGGCCUGGAGGGUCACUACAGUUCCCAGUAACCCCAUUGAGGGCUACGUCCUGGAGCUGGAUGAUGGCAGCGGCGGGCAGUACCGGGAGGUGUAUGUGGGAAAGGAGACGGUGUGUACGGUGGACGGGCUGCACUUCAACAGCUCCUACAACGCGCGAGUCAAGGCCUAUAACUCCAUAGGAGUGGGGCCCUACAGCAAGACCGUCAUCCUCAAAACCUCUGACGUGGCGUGGUUCACCUUUGACCCCACCUCAGCUCACAGGGACAUAGUGCUGUCCAACGAGAACCAGACGGUGAGCUGCAACAGCUACGACGACCGCGUGGUGCUGGGAACGGCCGCCUUCUCCAAGGGCGCGCAUUACUGGGAGCUGACCGUGGAUCGCUAUGACAACCACCCCGACCCUGCCUUUGGGGUGGCUCGGAUUAACACCAUGAAGGAUAUGAUGCUGGGCAAGGAUGACAAAGCCUGGGCCAUGUAUGUGGACAACAACCGCAGCUGGUUCAUGCAUAACAAUUCACACACCAACAGGGCAGAGGGGGGCAUCACUAAAGGAUCCACAGUGGGUAUCCUGCUGGACCUGAACAAACACACCCUCACCUUCUUCAUCAACAAGGAGCAGCAUGGGCCAGUGGCCUUCGAGAACCUGGAGGGGGUCUUCAUGCCUGCGGUCAGCCUCAACAGGAACGUCCAGGUGACUCUGCUGACAGGCUUGGAGGUGCCAAAGAAUAUUAAGCAGCCAUAGCCUCUGAUCAAGCUCUAGGACACACAGUCAAUGUCAAUAUGGAGCCACGCAAGCGUUCUCAACCUCGUAUCCUGCUGAACGCCAGCCAACCAAGCUGACCUUGGGGGAGAUUUAGGACAGAUAUAAUACUUAUACAAUUUUUUGAAGUCUGAAAUGAUAAAAUAGCUGAUUACAUCUCAGUCACUCAAUAAAUCAAUCGAUCAACCAAUCAAACAGGAUGUACCACAGAGCGCUUUUAUAGAGCGCAUUGCAGGAAAUAUAUUGUGACUGUGUCCGAAAACUGCUCUCUUGCUCCCAGUUCCCUUGAUCUCAUCUGACCUCUCUGAUCUCAGAUUAGAGAUUGGCAGAGCACAAGGAGGGCUUACUUCCUGAUCACUGACUUUAGGUAAGCAGGGAGUGACUGAAUAAUUUCGAACACAGUCCACAGCUGAAAAUAGAAACAGACAAAAAGUGCCCUGUAAUUGAAGUGAUCUACUUAUCUCAGGUUUUCAAAACAUAAAGAAUUCAUGUUGUCUUCAUCGUUUAUAUGUCAUUGAGGCCCUUUGUGGUCAAAAGCAUCAAACUCCCGCCCACGUGACCUUUUUAGUAGUUACUGGCCACACUAUUAGCUGUUCCUAGAGGAACAUUUAAGUAUUAUUUAAGACCCUGAAACACAGGAACAUAACUUCUGACAGAGAGAGAGAGAGGGGGAGAGAGAGAGAGAGAGAGAGAGAG